AAAUAAUUAUUAUUAUUGUGUGUUUGUUUUUUUAUUUACAGUCAUGUUUGCUCUCGUUUGUCACGUUUAGUGAACAAAAAAUAUUGUUGCACUGCGGAUGUCACCUCCCUGUUCACCACUCCACUAUUAACUUUUUAAUAGAUCUCGAAAUGAUGCAAAAAUGAAAUUAUUGAAUUAAAACGAGGCCAUAAAACACGUGCACAAUAAUUAUAAAAAUAUUUUGUUGACUGUUUAAAGUAGACAGUCAUGACCCUGCAAGUAAUGUAGUCUAAAUCUCAUUUAAACUAUUUCAAACAUAUAGCCUAGACUUUAAAAAAGACCGUGCACAGAAACAGGAUAAACAUACGAAUUUAUUUAAAAUACUAAUUUGUUUGAUUAAUCUUUUGAUUAAAAUGCAUCAUUACCAUAUUUUAAUUGUUCUGGAUGGUGUGUGCGAAAAAAGCGAAAGUGAAAGCGGUCUGACAGACAGAGAAACAUAAAGGAAGUGGUGAAACAACAACUUCGCAACUGACUCAAAAUGGCUUCAACCAAAACAGAGAUUCUUGAUGUGCUCGAUGAACUUCGGGAACGCGAGUUUAAAGAUUUUAAAUGGCGUCUGUCGAAUAAGGAGACCCUUGAAAACUCCAUUCCUCGAGGAAAACUGGAGAAUGCCGAUAGGCAGGAUGUUGUGGAUUACAUGGAGCAGCAUUUCGGCACUUCAGAAGCAGGGAAGGUAGCGGUCCGUCUGCUGCACAGCAUGAAUCAAAACAACCUUGCAGAACAGCUGAAGAAGACACUUGCGGUGGUGUCUAAAGUUUCAGAUGUCGAUUCUGGCUCUUCAUCAUCCCGUGGAAAUCCUCCGACCGCUCCGAGUCCAGCUGCAGGAGUUGUAAUGAACUUAAACGCUAGCGGAGGAAACAUAAAGGCUCCUGUCAUUCACAACUCUGUGAUUAAUGGCUCAGUGAACUUCGGCUAGUGCUCUAGGACACAUCUAUUCUGGAUUCAAAUGUUUACCAUGUAUUUUAGUAAUACUUUUGAAUAUUUUAGAGACCCUGCAUUAAAAUACCACAGUAAUACUAUAGUAAAUACUAGUGUUUUUACCAUAUUAAAGUCUGUUGUAUAUAGAUUUUACUACUCUUUGUUAAUGAAUGCGCCAUCAUCCUCCAGUAUUAUCCAUAGUGAACUGAUAAACUAAUACAUACUGUAGUAUACUUUAGUUUUUACUACAGUAAAUUGGCGUAAUGUAGUAGAAAAUACUAUAUAGCUGUAGAAAACUACAGUAUUGGGUCAUUUGUUUGCAUAGCUAUAGUUGUUGUGUUAUUAAAGCAACAACAGAAUUAUCACAGAUUAAUUACAGUACUUUACUAUAGUAUGCUUCAAAAACACUCUAGUAUUUACUAUGAAUUACUAUAGCAUUAUUUAAUGUGGUUUUAAAGAUCCUCCUUUUGCAAAUGGAAAGUACCAGUUGUUCACCAGCAGGAUUUCUGCCAGUUUUACAUACUUUAUGAAUGAAAACAUGUACAUUCAUUUAUUAAUUCAUUUUCUUUUCAGCUUAGUCCCUUUAUUAAUACGGGUCGCCACUGCAGAAUGAACCGCCAACUUAUCCAGCACAUGUUCUACGCAGUGGAUACCCUCCAGCCGCAACCCUUCUAUGGGAAACAUCCAUACACCCACACUCACACUCAUACAGUGGACAAUUUAGCCUACCCAAUUCAACAGUAGCUACUACAUGUCUUUGGACUGUGGGGGAAACCAGAAAUGCCAAAUGACCCAGCUGAGGCUCUGAGACCUUCUUGCUGUGAGGCGACAGCACUACCUACUUCACCACAACGUCGCUAAAACAUGUACAGUAUACGCAUAUUUAUACUUUGCAUGAUAUAUUUUAAGGGGCGUCACGGUGGCUGCCACUGUCCAAACACAUGCGCUAUAGGGGAAUGUGUGUGAUUGUGUGUGAAAGAGUG